AUGGCUUCCCAAUAUAUUAUCUCUCCGUUGACCCAUAUAAUUAACGAAUGCAUCGCACACAAUAUGUUUCCUUUCUCGUGGAAAAUAGGACGUAUUAGUCCUAUCCCGAAAAUCAGUGAACCGAUAGAGAAUAGUGAUUUUAGACCAGUGUCAGUGCUGCCAAUUUUAUCAAAG